AUGUGCGGAGCAGGACACGAGUCUGCAGCGGCCGACUGGUCCUCAGCCGAGCCGUUCCCGUGGGCCAGCGGCCGUGUCUGCGAUGCGCACUGCCACGCAACCGACACGAUGGCGGCCGUGGCAGCGAUUCCGAUGAUGCAGACGGCCGUGCUGACGGUCAUGUCGACGCGAUCGCAAGACCAAGACCUGGUGGCGGCGCUGGGCGCGGCUGAUGACAAGGUCGUGGCAGCUUUUGGCUGGCACCCGUGGUUUGCGUACCAGCUGUACGACGACGGCAGUCAGGCGGACAAGGACAAGACAGACGGUCCCGAGCUGACCACGAUGGACGACAAGCGGCGACACCUGGCGGCGGUGCUGACGCCAGGACCAUCGACCGAGGCACAGGCGGCGGCGCUCGAUGCCCUGGCGGCCAGCCUGCCGAGCGUGCGGCCGCUGUCAGCGUUUGUGGCCGAGACGCGAGCCCGGCUGCAGGCCGAUCCGACGGCGCUGGUUGGCGAGAUCGGCCUGGACCGCGCAUUCCGGGUGCCAGAGGGCGAGCCACGGGACACGACGCCCGCUGCACAGGCCCAUACGCCGGGUGGCCGCGAAGGCCGUCGUCUCUCGCCGUUCCGCGUCCAGCCAGCCCACCAGGUCGCCGUUCUCGCGGCACAGCUGCGGCUGGCGGCCGAGAUGCGGCGAUCGGUCAGCGUGCACGGCGUCCAGGCACACGGUCUGCUAUUUGCCACGCUGGCGACCACCUGGCGUGGCCACGAACGCGAUGUGCUCUUGCGCCGACAGCGACGACAAGUUGCCGAGAACGCCGAGCAGAGCAGCGACGAGGAAGACGGGCUGGACGCGCCCCAGAGACCGACAGAGAAAGGCCGGCCUCCUCCUACCUAUCCUCCUGCUAUCUGCCUCCACUCGUUCAGCGGUCCCGUCGAGAUGCUGCGGCAGUAUCUCGACCCCCGCAUCCCUGCGGCCAUCUACUUUUCCUUCUCGACGGCCGUCAACUGCGGCACCGAUGACGGCUGUCGCCACACGCUCGAUGUUGUCACAGCCUGUCCCGACGAUCGUCUCCUCGUCGAGAGCGACCUCCACGUCGCUGGCCCUCCCAUGGACGCCGCACUCGAGGACAUCUAUCGCCGCGUGUGCGCCAUCAAAGGUUGGCCGUUGGCCGAUGGCAUCCAACGAAUCGCCCAAAAUUACGACGCCUUUCUGCGUGGCCGCACAAAACACAAGAGAUGA